CAUACAAGUCUUUCCGCACCAUUAGAGACGCUGAUCUUCGAAGCAUAUGCACAUAAUGCCUCAGUAGGGCCUGUCUGGGUCGCUCGCUGCAUUCCGUGACCCUGUGACCUCGGCGUGCGACAAGAUGUAGCGUGCAAACAAACCGCUUGAGCCGAGUGUCGCAGACGAGUACUUUGUGGACUUGAGGCGAUGAGCCAUUUGAGGGGUAACCAGGGGACGGCAACGAGGAUUCCAUUCAGAGGACAUGUCAGAUGACAGCUGGAGUUCACGGGAUUCAAAGACGAAAGGACGUGUGUUUAAAAAGGAUUCAAUACAGACGAAAGUAUCAAAGGUUAGUGUGGAGAAGGGCAGCAACUGGCAACAUCAUUCCGAUCUAGCCGUCUGCUGCAUUCAGAAUUAUUUUCGUGGGCAAACAGCAGGGAUUCCUAAGUUUAGUAAAGCUACACAAAGGUUUUAUUUUAUUCUUAAUAUGGCCACUACAAUUGAAGUAGCUGAUGGAAAUGCCUUCCAUGAAGCUAUAGCGUCAGUUCGUAGUGAUGCAACCGAAGACACCUAUGUCCUUUGUGGUCAUGUAAAUGGGGACCCUAAUCGCAUUCAGGUGUUAAAAGUGGGUCAAGAUACGUCUGAACUGGCAACUUUGCUGGAUGACUCUCAGGUCAUGUAUGCUUUAGGUCGAUAUGAGACCAAGUUUGAUAUGUCUACCACAGUAAAGUUUGUCUAUUUCCGAUGGAUUGGGGAUAAAGUGCCAGUUGCCAAGAAGGGUCGAUAUGGAGUAGUAAGAGGAGAAGCAGAAGCACUAUUUUCCCCAUACCACCUUUUUGUAGAGUCCAGCAAUGCAGAAGAUUUUAACAAUGAUCGUAUUCUGCAGCAGCUGGAGGAGACAUCAGGAACAAAAUCUAAAGUUCUGGACUCAACAGAAGGUCGCCAGAUGCGAGGUUUUACUCAGACUCAACUGCCAACACGUGACAACCGUGCCAAAUUUGGUGUCAGUAAUGUUGCCAAGGAGGGGGCAGCUGUUGGUGUUGAAGAUGAGGUUCUGGCUCAAGUUGCAGCAGUAUGCAAUGAUGCUAAUCCAGUCAGCUGGCUUGUGGCAGGAUACAAGGACAAUAAUCCAAAAGGUCCAAUCGUGGUAGUUGGAAGUGGAGAAGGGGGCCUUGGUGAGGUAACUUCUUUGCUGGAUCCUGCAGUCCCCAUGUAUGCUUUCUACCGUGUCACUGACAAAGUGGAUGACAUCACCACUGUCAAGUUUGUGUACAUUGUUUGGAUUGGAGAAUCAACAAAGCCAAUGACACGUGCUAAAAUCUCAACACAUAAAGGUGUGGCAGAGCAAACGUUCACACCUGCCCACAUCACUAUCUUUGCUUCUGAUCUUUCAGAUCUGUCAGAGAACAUUAUCAUGCAAAAGGUCAGGUCUGCCUCGGGCUCUCAGUCUCAUGUCAAGUAGGCUUGCAUCAGACCCUUACUUAGCUUGAAUGCCAGCCAGAUCCACUUGCCAUCUGUAUGUUAUCUGCACCAGUAUGUCCAUUCCUCCUAACCUGUAUGCAGACCCUGGAGUCCUCCACCUCAGUUUAAUCAAAAUAUAGCUGGCUUCCAGACUUUACAUUUCCCUAUACCAUGCACCUCUGAACAGCAGGAUUCUUCUUUCUCCCUGACCAUAAUUUUGCAGUAAAUCAAAUGGGUCCUGGAUCAUUACCCCUCAUCUCAGAAAAAUAAUUAUUAUCCAUUUGUGGCAUUGUGAAUGGUUGAAUGUUUAUGUAGGAAAGCAUUUCAUAUAAGUGUGUUCAUGCCUGUUUACAGGUAGUGUGCAUUGUGCAUACACACACAGCCACAUCCACACACAAGUUAACAGAUCCUUCUGCAUGUGUACUCUUGUAGUCAAAACAGCUCUGAAUUAAAGUACAAGAAAGAAGUUGAGUUUUGUGCAAGACUACCACAGAUAAAACUAUUGUUUGUUAUAACAUUCUUAUAUUAUUAAUUUAAAUAAGAUCUGAAUAUUUCUCUAGAAAUACAUAGCAGUAUUGUUGAUCUGAGGUUUCCGAUGAUCAAAGGCAACUGGAAAUGUUCAUUGCAGCAUUGUGUUAUUGCAUUGUUAGCAUCUGAAUUAACAAGAUGUGAUUUUACAUGAUGUUAAAUAUUCAAUCAGGUCAAAUAGCAAAUUUCCCUUAACAUCUGUAGUUCAGAAGAAACUGUACAAAGUACAAAGAUUUGAUUUAUGCAGGUUUCAGUUGGGUUGUUAAUCAAAGUUUUCUUUUACUGGGAGGAACUGCAGUCAUAUACAAGUUAUUAAGUAUAUUGUGAUGAUUGCUGAAACUUGAAAAAGUAUGAAGAACAGAUUAAUUUUUGGUUUGUGAGAAAUUAAAAACUGUUAAAAGUAAUUGGAAAUAUGCCUUCUAAAGUUUUCAUUGUUUUUAUCAUCUUUCUUUGAUACUAAUCCUGAAAGCACAGCAUUUUUAUUUGUUUAUUUUACCUAAAAUAUAUACCUCUGAAACUGAGCAGGCUAAGUUAAAGGGUGAUCAACUAAGUGACAAAUUAUAAAACUUGAAUUGAUGUAUGUCUCUGAGAAAAUACUUGGCAUUUAAUCCUGCUUAGCCAGUGAGAACAGCAUUCUAGUCACAGUAAAGCUCCAAGAUUUAAAAGAAAUUGAUGCAUUUAGAUGUUGACUUGGUUGAAAUUUUAAACUGAUUGGUAUUAGAAAUGAACAAUUUUUUAAAAGCGUUUCUGGUAUUUUCCUACAUGUGUAUUAGAUGAUCAUGUAUUAUUAUUUAAAUAACAAUGACUGAGUAUUCUUCUAGCUUUUCAUUUUGUAAUAAGUCAACUCCAUAUAGCCAUAGUGGGAAUUAAGUAAGCCUAUUGUUAAUGUUUGUCAUUAUUCAGCAGAGAAAGUGUUUAUAAAGUGAGGAAAAUAUGAUAGCAGAAUACGAUUGGCUAGAAGGGAUGUUUACAAACAACAAAACUACCUUCUUUCAGCUCGUUAGUGAAACACCAUGAAUUUAUAUGUACACCCAAGCCCUAAAGCGAGAACUGAAUCUGAAUGCUUGAAAUCUUUGAAAGCUAAUUUUAUUGGCUAUAUAUCAGUAGUAUUAUAAUUCCAUUCGUUAUUAUUGUCUUCCAGGAUGAUUUUACAAUCAUUUGAAGAUGUAUUAACUUUAACUUUCAAGGUGGAAAUCAGUUGCUCAACUUCAUUUUCUUCUUCUCACAGCAGUUUACUGAAAGGGGGACCAUGCGUAAAUCUUUCUCUGUCUAGCUGUCUUAGUGAAUUUUUGUGCAUUAAUGAAUGUAAAUGCAAGAGUCCUUACAAAAAAAAAGUGUUAAAUGAUCCUACCACUUUUUGAGUGUUCCAUAGUACUUUGCUGAUUCUAGGACAUCUUGCUCUGCGACAGUUUAACCACAUCAUUAGUCAAAUUAGCAUGAUGUUAAUAUGACACGUCGGUUAAUAUGACACGUCGUUAAUAUAACAUGAGCCCAACUUAAGGGGGUCUGUCCAAACUGGGUCCACUGGAAAGGUGUUGAGGCCCUAUGCUCCUUGAUGAGUAACAAGGAAGAAACUAAAGUAAACAAAACUAAUAUGAUACUCAUGCAACUGUUGGAGAAGUUAAAUUAGAUUUUUAGUAAAAGUUAAUAAUCUUUAUGAGUUACAACACUUAAUGUUUGGACUGAGAACAUAGUUCAUGAUUUCACUUCUGAUUUAAUUUGCUAUGAAAGCAAAUGGGCCUACAAAAAAUUAAUUCCUUGUGUUAAUUUGUGUUUGAGUAAAGUUUUGUUAUAAAUUACAUUCCCAAAAUGCAUUCUUGACUUAAUUGUGAGCAAAGAAAUUUGUUAGAACAAAUUCAUCACAAAAGGCAUUCCGUUUGUCCACUUUGAUUCAAGUUAUGCAAUACAACUCUUAAUCUGAAAAGAACAACUUUUGUUUAACUUUUUUAGUCAUGAUUGUUUUUUCUUUGUAAUGUUUUUUCACUUGUUGCACUUGUUAUACAUUUUAAUGAAAGAAAGCAUUUGUUUAUUCAUAUCUUUAAGGAUAUAAAAUGCUCAUUUAGCUCAUUUUUUGUAUUUUGCAAUUGGUUCUUUCUACACACAAACUUGUAUUUUUUUCUGGGCUGCUGCCGUAGAUCUCAAAAAAGUACCCAAAUUGAUGGUAGACAAGUCAAGUCUGGUCGGCACAUUGGUUUAUUUACUCAUUUGUUCACUGAUACCUGUUGACAAACAUGCUUGUCAGCCCAUACUGAUCAUCAGGGGGAGCAACUGAAUAGCAGUGGUUGACAAAUCUCGCCACAUAAGCCUGUCUUAAGCAGUGGUAAACAAGUCCGGCAUGGAAUCAAAAGAUACUUAAUACCAUGACCUAAGACCCACCUUGUAGUAUUUGGUAUCUUUUAUGGAUUUGCCAGUCCAGUUCUUGCAAGCCAUUUGGCACAUGUCCUAGUAGCUUUACUACUGCAUAAAGUGAGCAGACAUAGCUGUUUCUUUGUGCCACACCAUUGGCCUGCUCAGAACUAUUGAAUGGGGAAGAAGAGAAGGAAGAAGGAGAAAUGGCAGUCUGGUCAUAUAUUCUACAUAGCAUAAAUUGUAGCAUAUUUUUUGGCUAAAAAAAAUUUUUUUUGAUACAAUGAAAAUGCACAACAAUUAUCAUUACUGCAUGAAAAUUGUUAUUCCCUAUAUGCAUUUGUUUUUAUUGCUUUGUUAUCCCUUAUACAUUUAUCUCUUUUGGAUAUAUAUAUAUUUUUUUAAGAUCAGAACAUUUAUUCAACAUGUGUUUGUAAUGGAUUUGGGGAAACUACUGCCACAAGUAUUUUUCAAUUUGAAAAUAGAUUAUUUUGCUCUGAAGGGGUUUCCUCUGACCUUAGUAGUAACUGCUGUGCCUUUCAAGCUGCAUUUAGCACCAUCAGUGUAUGGAAUUGUUCAUGUGAGGAUGUUCAUUUAUUUUUAAUAGUGAUGAUGACCUUGCUUGGUCACAAAAUAAACUUUUAUUUAUAAACUGUUUUGUGGAGAGAAUGAGAUAAUUUUAGAUUUCUUGCUGUAGCUGUGGCCUUAAUUGACAAAACACUUCUGGAUUAAAUAUUCUAGAAUCUUCUUUUCCUCAGAAGCAUUUUGCAAAAAAUCUAUGUUGGCUUGUAGAAUUCAGACUGAAGCUUCAUUACUGGUUGUUGUGUUAACCUGAAAACAUAUCUUGUUUAUUACUUAUACUUGUUUGUAUUUUAAACACAUUAAUCAGCAUGCAUGUGUUGUAGCUUUCACUGAUUCCACCUUGUUUGAUUAGCCACUCCUUUGCAAACUCUAAACAAUGAACCAAACUUGGUUUUAGCAGAAAUUUUGACAUAUAUAUAUAUACUGAUUAUUGUAUUUUACUUUAAAAUCUAACAACAAUCCCCAAGAUGCUUUGGAGCAUUCCAGUGUAUGGCAGGCAUGGAACCAGUUUUGGCUUACAGUGCUGAUUUCACUGUGAGCUUAAAGGACUUUAAAAUCAUUGUUCUUGCUUAGAUCUGCAUAUUUCUUUUUUUAAAUUCAAAUGUGCUGUGCUUUUUCUACAGCAGCCCUGUUAAGAUAUUUUAAAAUAUUUUUAGCAUUCUCUAAUAUCCUACCAUUGAUCAUAAAAUUUGCUAAAAAAUUUCACUGAAUCUCUACGUAAAUUAGUUUUUGUGAUGAAGUCUGUCUAACCAAGGAUUCCACAAGGCUUUGUUAAAGUCUGGGAAAAUGAAAUCCAUAUUUUAGACCAAAAUAUUUUAUUCAAGAGGCACUUACUACUUUCACCACAAGCCUGGCAUUUUGGUUUCUUUUUAAUUUCAGCUGUAACAUUCUGCUGGGGUGUUAUUAUCUCACUAGUUUAAGAAGCACAAAAAUUGUGCACCAUACCUUCUGCUAGAAUUAAUGAAAAUGCCUCCCUGAAGUUGUAUAGACUACCAUAAUACAUUGAAUUUUAAAAAAAGCAAAUUGAAGACUUGCUGUGUAUCUUUUUAUUUGUCAAUAUUUUGUUAGACAGCAUGUCAACAAAUUUUGGAUUUUUGUUCAGUGAUUAGUUAGGAAGUAAUGUAUUGUCUUGAUAUUUGUUUUGUUUUGUUAUUUUUGGCACUUCCGAGUAUUAUUUCUUUUAUGAAUAAUUUGCAUGCCCAAAUAUGUUGCUUUGCAUCUUAAUUUGCUUUUUUUUCCAUGUAUUGAUUUAGAGGCUCUCUUUAUAAACUAAAUCUCUGCUUCAGGUUUGGUUAAUCUGGGAUUUUAUUUUAAACCUGUCAACUGGUUUGGCAAAAGCAAAGACUUAGGUAGUAUAACAGAUGUUUUCUGUGAUGUCUUUUUAAAAUAAAUUUUCUUUUACAUUU